AUGGACGCUGGAGAAUACGAGACGAACACUCUGUUGAUUAGCAAUCUCUCUGCCAUAUCUUUCCGCAUCUAUGAGCCUAUCGCGUCGCAGUCCUCGGCCUACACAUUCAACGCUUCCGAUGUCGAGGAUGCUCUCCGGAACGAUGGCCACUUGGUCUACAUGGACGCCGUCCGGCGCGGGAUCUGGUGUUUCUACCUCUCAUCUGGGGACCCUGCUACGUCGGGUCAUCCGGAACUCCUUGGGCUUCACACGAGGAUGGAGGUCUGCGGAUACCCUUUGGGUUGGGUCAAAGAUGGGGCACUGGAACCAAUUGGACUACUCAGGAACAGACCGCCAGGGGCAAGCUCCAUUACGACGCCGAACAGCUCCUCGUCUGCUGGCUCCGCCCAAGAGAUGACUAUGAGAAGCGGCCAGACGUUCAAUCUGCCGCUUACACCCGUGGCCGUCGAUGCCAAGGCCGCACCGCACCCGGUCCCCGAUGUCAAGGGCUACAGCUCCGUUCCUGCACGCGAGAUCUAUGAGUUCUUCAUUACGGCCGCCUUGUCGUCACUGACCACAUACUUUUGCCGCAAGAUUGGCGCUAUCGCUUUGAACAGCCGCACUGUUUUGCUUCCGCAGCACGCCUUCAAUUCCGGGGAUGCCGGCUGGAGCCAAAUGCCCCCGACCUCGGCUCUUGCUACGUUCCGCAUCUACCUCACAACAACGGGAUCGUUGGUCAUAUCCCUGCACGUGUCCCUACGUCACGGCUUGGUGUCCUCUGCCGACAUCUUGCGGUCUAGCUUGUUACCCGCCGGUCCUGUUGUCCUUGCGGCGCCCUUUGGUGCGUUUGGCGCUUUGCAGGGUGUUGUGGACCCGGACAGCCAGGUUGCCGACUCGGGGCUCGGCCAGUCUCCUGAUACGCAAAUAACUAGGCUUGGUUCGGGGCCGACCGACAAGUUGUCGCAGCUGAAAACCACGUGCUGCAAGUUGCUGCAAAUGCGUGGCAUGUCGCCAUCGUUGUUGGACGGCUGUUCUUGGCUGAACAUACACUUCCUCAAGAGGAAGCCAUACGAGCAGAGACUAGAUGGCAAACGGACGCCCCUAGUUGGCUCGGGCUCCGUCGCCCCAUGGCCAGCCGUUCUCUGUUUCCGUAAACCAAAACUAGAGGCCAUGUUAGAUGUGACGUCCGAAAAGGCGUUGUCCGCAACAGGCGGCGGCGAUCACAUGGAUCCCCUGAGCAAGGCAAAGUCGUGGUGCCGCGGCGUGUCUGAGCGGGAAGAUGCCAUCGUACGAAGGAGAAAGGAGAGAGAGGCUGCUUUGACGCGAGAACAUGGGGACUUGGACACGAGAAACUUCCAGGGCAAUGGGUUCUCGCCCAUGGCGCUCUGGCGCUCCACCAACGGGGGGCCUGUGCCGCCACCCGGGGCGAUGUAUCCGACCCCUCCGGAUGGAGUACAACCAUCAGGCGUGACACCUUCGUUCGACGGCGCCGCGGUGUUGAGUCCGACGGGGCAACCUGCCGCAAAUGCCCUUGGCGAUGCUGACACAGCAACACAGCAAGAUGUCCCGGCUCACGAGGGUUUCGACGUGGGAUGGCAUGGCAGCGAGCCCAAGCCCGAGCACACAGCCAACAAUUUCUCAGAGGAAGCAAUUUACGGCGGCUUGGGCGAGAACAUGUUCGACAGCAAUGAACUAACUGAUGCUGAUUUCAAUUUCUUUGAUGAACAACCAGUUACGGUCGAUAUGGAUCUAUCGGGAAUUCCGGGCAUCGCCCCGACAAUGGGCAUAUCGGAUAACCCAAGCCAACAAGGCUUUUCUGAAACCGAUCAAGCCGCAAGCAGCAUGGCGGACAACCGGGCAGAAGGACGUCCCGUGUCACCCAAGUUCACCAAGCCCGAGCUCAGGCACGCCCGCAGCACAUUGGCCGAGGAGAGUCGGCAACAUAAUAAUCAAAGUUUUAAUAUUAAUUCUGCAAUCGGAAUCAAGAGGCACCCAAGCCCCUUCAACUCCGAGACAGUCUUCAAACGGGUCCGGGCGUCUAUCCGCCCCCCGACGCCUUCGACACCCUCUCAGAGAGGAGCUCCACCGCGGCGUCGCAGCUUGUUCGACAAGGUGGAUUUCGAUCCAGCCCUGUCAAUAGAUAGCAAAAAGUACGAAGAAAGUGGACCAUUCGACUUCAGAUUGCCAACCCUGAAGGAGAAGGAAAAUAGAGCGCUCCUGAAUGGAGGCCCUCUGACCACUGGCAGACUGUUGGGGGCUGCCAGGCAACGCAGGAAUCUUAAGGAGCUGCCCUCGGGCAUCUCCUCCAUCCUAACCAAGAUGGCGAGCGUUAGAGCGAGUAGUCCCUUGCAAAGGGACGAUGCCAUCUCGGACUCAGAUGACACUAGCUGGGCUUCUGACGAUGAUGACGCAAGCGAGCCCCUGGGACGUGCUUCUUCCCCCGCAAAAUCGAGUGUGCUUCGAAGGCGUCUGGAUGACGACGUCAUCUCAAUGGCGGCGUCUUUCAAGGAGCUGGACAAUAUAUCCGCCGACUCACCUGGCUACGGGCCGCUAGACCUGUCCCGCCUCUCAAACUCUGAGAUACCGGAAUUCUCUCUCUCUAGAUACUUCCUUGACCCUGAACCGGUGCCGCUCCGUAUAUCGGUCUCGGACGACGACUUCAUUACCGUUGCCCAGAUUCUUACUGAACAGGCAGCAACCGGUUUUCUGAGGCUAGUCCCGCAGCGUUCAUCAUUGAACAAUCAGGAGACGCGCAGAAGUCUCAUCAAGGCGGUUCGGUACUCAGUCCAAGGGCUGAAGAAAGCCUUACCACGGUCUCUUGCGGGAGCAGUCGCUUGUCAGCUUCGUCCCUUCGCUGAGGUGCAGGAUGUGCCCCUGCUCGUGCAACCAAACGGCCGGGUGCAAGUGAGGCCUGCCGAGUUUCCCAAGCCAAGCAUUUUCACGAUUCCUGCACCUCACGUUGAGCUCCGACGCUACGAGAAUCAACUCUCGGUGCUGCCAUCCGCCGUUUCUUUCUGGGAGACACUAGGCCUUAGACCAGUGCGGGGCCCCAAGGAUAUCGUUGCCGUGUGCGUGUUCCCUCAUGCGGAAGCCAUGCGGGACAACGCUUCCGCCUUCUUGGAUAGGCUGCAAAGCACGUAUGAGACUCUGGGACUAGGCACCUUCGAGAGGCUCCCAACAGUUGGGAACAUCGUUGGCGGCCUUGUUCUGCUCAGCACUGACCAGGAUAGGCUUUCCCCCGGGCUCAGCAUAUCCCGGCCCCGUUCGGCGUUCACUGAUCAGAUGGCAGCUCUUGCUAUGGCGCUUGCGAACUCGUCCAUGUCGGAGAAGAACUUUGUCGUCUUCUUCACAUAUUCGUCGGAUAAUCCAAGCUCAAUUGUGGAUGCCUGUUCUGCAUUCCAGGAACUCUUCGAGCAUUACAAGCGAUGCAUGAUGGACAGGAAAAAGGCCAUCGUCAACGAAUUGGUUCUUCAGCUUGUGCCUCAGGACCUGCUUGGUUCCGAAUCGUCGCUUUUCGUCCUAAGCCCUUCAGACUGUACGAGGCUUUGCCUCGAGACCUACGAUCGAUGCACCCUCUUCGGCGGCCCCAUGCCAUCGCCAGCGAUUUUGCUUGAAUGCGCUCUGCCGAGAGGACUUGAUUUCAAGCUGUCUGCUGCACCAUCGCCAAAUCUUUUACGGGAGAACUCGUGCAUGCACAUUGCAUAUGCGCGAAGUGUAGACGAACGAUGGAUCACCGCUGCAUGGACGGACAAUAGAGGCAGCAGCCAAACAAUGGCCUCGUACUGCCUCGGGAGGCGGGGCAGGCCGCUGUCUCGCCAGCUUGCCGAAGUCGUUCACGAGAUUUGGGAGACCACUCACGACCUGAUCUCUUCCUGCAAAGUCCACUGGCGGGUGGUCGUGACCAAGUGCGGUCCCAUGGAUCAGCAAGAAGUUGACCUCUGGACGAGCAUGGCACAGAGCGAAACCCGGUCUGCUGUCUCGCUCGUCCUUUUAACGGUGGACACCGAUCCGUCACUCCAGCUCCUUCCCCCAGCCGCUGUGGUCCCCCUCUCCGCGCCAUCCAUGUUCUACACCACGCCGGUCUCAACGCCGCAAGCUUUAUCCGUCGUCUCCCCCGACCAAGGCAGCAGCACGGCCAACAACAAUAACAACCCCGCAACACCUAUAACGGCCGCAACCCCCGGAGGCGACACCACCUCGUCCCAACCAUUUCCGCAGAUCAAUGCAGGCUCAGAACAGGACGUAGACACAGUUCUGGUCGAAACAACAGAAACCACGCACGGGGUCGUCAUAUCGCAUAGGCUCAACAAUUCACCCUCUCUGACGGACCUUAAUCCGGCGCUCGCGAGCGGCUACCUGGUCAAGCGGUCCGGCGCGAGGGCCGAAGACUCGCCCGCGGUCCUGGAGGUCAACGUCGUUUAUAGCGACAAUGCCAGGGCGGUGGCAGGCGGCGCGGCCAUAUUGUAUGAUGGCCUGCUGAGAGAGAUGCUCACGUAUUUCCGCGGCUUGGGUACGCUGGCGAGAGUGAGAGGUGUCGUAGAGCGCGAGCUGGAUGUCAGGCCUUGGCAUGUCGCUGCCGUGGAGAAGGCCGUUAGGGCUUUGUAUCUGCUUAUGUGA